AUGUCGAAAAUUGAAGAGAUGGAAGGUUCAGAUUUUGAAGAUAAUAACCUGGAUAGUAGUCCAAGCGAAGUUUAUCUUGCCUUUAUUGAUACUCCAGUAAAAGAGGUCGAUGAAGUUACCAUAGAAGACUCUUUUAUUGGGGGCGAGCCAAUCUGGUUACAUCCAGAUUCGAUUCCACCAGAGGAAUAUUUGCACUGUGGGGCAUGCAAAUCAAAGGACAGAAUGAAACUAUUGGUGCAAGCAUUCUCACCUUUAGAUCCUGAACAAGUUAAUUCCGUUCAAAGCAAACAUAAUUUGAACAAUUUGUCCAAUGUAAAUUCAAAUGAUGAUAGGGUUUUAUACGUAUUUGUUUGUACAAAAUGUCCUAGAAAAGGUAAUUCAAUUCGUUGCAUUAGAGGUGUAAAGAAGAACAAAACAAGUAAUCUAGAUGUUGUGAAUGAGAAAAUGGAAGAUUUAUCGAUGAGUAAGGAUUUUAAAAUUAAUCCAUUCGACUUAACAAAGGAAACUGAUAGUGCAAACCCAUUCUCCAAUAACCCAUUUCAGAAUAAUAACAGUCCUUUUAGUAAAAGUAAAGAACCUGAAAAUAAAGUUUCAGAAUCCGAUAAUAAGCAAUCAAUUAAAGCAACUAGAAAGCAACAUGAUUUGUUGAACGAUAAAAAAUAUGAUUCUAAAAUAGCUUUCAAAAAUUAUUUAUUAUACGUAGAAAAGGAAUCAUUUAAAAAUAAACCAGACCAUUUAAAACUACCAAAAAAUCUAAAAAUCGACGAUAGUGCACUAGAAUUAGAUGCAAAUGGGAUUGAAGAAGACCUUGGAAAAAACCCAAUCAAGUUGGAUCCAAGGACUGAAAAAUUAUCGAAAUUUUUAGAUGAUGAUGUUUUCCAAAAAUUUCAAGAAGUUGUUGGUUACAAUCCUCAUCAGGUACUAAGGUAUGAAUUUGGUGGUAAUCCAUUAUUGUACGCUGCAUCAAAAAUUGAUUUCAAUGCUAUUGUAGCAAACCCAAGUUAUAACCCAUCAUCUAAAAGAAUAUUUGAAAUGCAAUUGAUGCCAAAUAUGAUAAUGGAUUUAGAAGAAAACGUUAAUAUAGAAGAUGGCAUGGAAUGGGGAACUAUAUUGGUUUAUACAGACAUUGAAAAUUAUAUUCCACAAUUCGAUAAGAAUGAUGUUGGUUAUGUGGAAGAAGUUGUCAAGGUUCAAUGGGAGCUUAGAGAAUAA